AUGACGAGGCCCGCCCAUGCACGCCUCCUGGCCCACACUGCCGUCGCGCUCCUCCUGCUGGCGGUGACCCUAGUGGCCACAGCGGCCGCCACGGUGCAGCAGGCCGACGCCCUUCUCACCUGGAGGGCCAGCCUCGCCGCCACGGCCGCGCUGUCCAGCUGGAACAACGCAACGCCGGUCUCGCUCUGCUCCUCCUGGCGCGGCGUGGCCUGCGAUGCCUCCGGUCGCGUCACGUCGCUCACGCUCCGGGGGCUCGGCCUCACCGGCACGCUGGACACGCUCGAUGCUGCGGCGCUGCCGGCCCUGGCCGCGCUCGACCUCAACGAUAACAAACUCGGCGGCCCCAUCCCGGUGAGCCUCUCGCGGCUGCGCUCACUCGCCACGCUCGACCUCGGCAGCAACAACUUCAACGGCUCCAUCCCGCCGCAGCUCGGCGACCUCUCCGGCCUCGUCGACCUCCGCCUCUACAACAACAGCCUCGCCGGCGACAUCCCGCAUCAGCUCACCAGGCUCCCCAGGAUCACGCACCUCGACCUCGGCUCCAACUUCCUCACCAACCACAAGGACUACCACAGGUUCUCGCCCAUGCCCACCGUCACCUUCCUCUCGCUCUACCUCAACUACCUCGACGGCAGUUUCCCGGAGUUCAUCCUCCAAAGCGGCAACAUCACCUACCUCGACCUGUCGCAAAACACUCUUUCUGAACCAAUACCGGACUCGCUGCCGGAGAACCUCCCCAACCUCAUGUACCUCAACCUGUCCAUCAAUGCCUUCUCCGGGCGGAUACCGGCGUCGCUGUCGAAGCUGGGGAAGCUCCAGGACCUGCGUGUUGGCGGUAACAAUCUGACGGGCGGAAUCCCCGAGUUCCUUGGGUCCAUGUCCCAGCUGAGAGUUCUCGUUCUCUAUGGGAACCAGCUCGGUGGAUCGAUCCCGCCAGUUCUUGGCCGGCUCAAAAUGCUACAGCACCUUGACGUCAAGAUCGCCGGGUUGGUUUCCACUAUUCCACCGGAGCUAGGCAACCUUGACAAUGUCAAUUUUAUCGACCUGUCCAUGAACCAGCUCUCAGGUGGCUUGCCACCGGAGUUGGCCGGGAUGCGCCAAAUGUGUGAGUUUGGCAUAUCGUCGAACAAACUUGCCGGUCAGAUUCCACCAGCUUUGUUCACGAGCUGGCUAGAGCUCAUAUCAUUCCAAGUGCAGAAUAACUCGUUUUCAGGGAAGAUUCCACCAGAGAUCGGCAAGGCAACCAAGCUCAUAAUCUUGUUUCUCUUCAGCAACAACCUUGUUGGCCAUAUUCCUGCAGAGCUGGGCGAGCUUGUGAGAUUGAAUCAGUUGGAUUUGUCGGUGAACUCUCUCACGGGAUCGAUUCCCAGCUCGCUCGGCAACCUCACGCAACUCACGAGGCUGGCGCUCUUCUUUAACCGGCUCACUGGUGUGAUCCCGACGGAGAUUGGCAGCAUGACGGCGUUGCAAGUCUUGGAUGUCAACACCAACAGUUUAGAAGGGGAGCUACCCGCCACCAUCACAUCGCUUAGGAAUCUCCAAUACCUCGCCCUGUUUGACAACAACUUCAACGGCACCAUACCGCCCGACCUUGGGAAGGGGCUAAGCUUAACCGAUGCCAGUUUCGCAAACAACAGCUUCUCCGGCGAGCUGCCACAGAGACUGUGUGAUGGCUUUGCGCUGCAGAACUUCACGGUGAACCACAACAACUUCAGCGGCAGGCUGCCAUCAUGCUUGAAAAAUUGCACACGGUUGUUCCGGAUGCGGCUGGAAGGUGGCAACCAAUUCACCGGGGACAUCUCCAAGGUGUUUGGUGUCCAUCCCAACUUGGACUACUUGGAUGUCUCGGGGAAUCAGCUGACAGGGAACUUAUCAUCUGAUUGGUCACAAUGCACCAAUCUUACACUCUUAAACAUGAACGGUAAUCGAAUAUCUGGCAAUAUUGAUGCAGCCUUCUGCGAAUUGAUCUCUCUCCGGUCUCUGGAUCUAUCAAAUAACCAAUUCACCGGGGAGCUCCCAAGUUGCUGGUGGAAACUCAAAAGUAUGUGGUUAAUGGAUUUGUCCAACAACGGCUUUUCAGGUGAACUUCCCAUAUCAACAAGCUUGGGCCUUGAACUCCAGUCACUUCGUGUUGCUAAUAAUAGCUUUCUUGGAGUUUUUCCAUCCGUAAUUGAAACCUGCAGAUCUCUCGCCAUCCUAGAUCUUGGGAACAACAUGUUCUUUGGUGAUAUCCCCUCUUGGGUUGGAACCAAUGUCCCUCUUCUAAUAAUUCUGAGCCUCCCAUCCAACAACUUCAGUGGUGUCGUUCCACCCGAGUUAUCCCAACUUUCUAAUCUGCUAGUCCUGGACCUAUCCAGCAACUCCUUCUCAGGUGAGAUCCUCAUGGUGAUGCCAAACCACAAUUGCUCUCUCAAGUCAUCUCAUCUCGAGUUAUCCCAACUUUCUUAUUUGCAAGUCCUGGACCUGUCCAGCAACUCCUUCUCAGGUGAGAUCCUCACAGCCAUGCCAAACCACAAUUGCUCUCUCGAGUCGUUUCAUCUCGCUGGCAAUGGCUUUGUGGGCGCCUUCCCGCCAUUCCUCCAAAGCUGCAACUCCCUGGCCACCCUGGACAUCGGGAACAACCGGUUCGUUGGUGGUAUCCCUACAUGGAUCGGGAGUCAGCUUCCAUUAUUGAAUAUCCUUAGACUUAGAUCAAACAAUUUCACCGGAGAUAUCCCCCCCGAGUUAUCGAGGCUUUCACAACUUCAGCUGCUCGAUAUGGCCAAAAAUAGCUUGACAGGAUCACUUCCGGUAGCCUUUGGCAACUUGAAGUCCAUGAGGCAUAAUCUUCCCCCAUUGGUCCAACCAAGUCGGAUUUUCCAUCUUGAAAGAGUCAACAUAUCUUGGAAGGGCCGUGAACAGACUUUUUGGAAUGGUAUCGGGUUAAUAACAGGCAGUAUUCCAGAAAGAAUCGGCAGUUUGGAGCUAUUGGAGUUCCUUGACCUCUCAAGCAAUGACCUUUCAGGUGGCAUUCCUCCUAGCAUUUCAAAUCUGCUGUCCCUGGGCAUGUUAAAUCUCUCAAACAAUCACUUAUGGGGCCGCAUACCUACCGGGAGUCAGUUACAAACACUCACAGAUCCAUCAAUAUAUGGCAACAAUCUGGGGCUCUGUGGCUUCCCAUUGAGCGUGUGUGAGCCUGCAUUGGGCGAGGGAACUGAAGAUCACUCAAAAGUCGGUGACUUGGGGCUGUGUUACUCUGUAAUUCUUGGCAUUGUUUCCGGCUUCUGGCUUUGGUUUGGAGCUCUGCUUUUCCUGCAACAGUGGAGAUUUUCCUUUCUCGAUUUUGUUGACAGCUUAGGGAUCAAGAUAGCUGCUGUCAGGCGCUAA